AAAACCAAAAACCAAAAAACAACAACAACAACAACAAAAAAACCAAACAAGCCAACAGGUAAAAUGCACAGAAUAGCUCCAUGUGUUUUGGUGCCAAUAAUUUAUAAGAAGGUGAAUGGGGACUAAAGUGAGAAUUCUGGUAACCAUAUUCAUUUAUCAUAAACUAAAAGUGUAGAGACCAUAGUUUUGUAUGUAAAUGUAUUUUUAAAGGAAGGUUUAUUUUUAUUUAUGUGUAUAUGACUAUGUUAGAAUGUGCUAUGUGUGCUGCCUCUCCCCUCAGCAAGAAAGAGGGUGUUAAAUAUCUGGGAGCUGGUGUUGUGAGCAGCUCAGUGUGGGAGCUGGGAACUGGACUCAGGUCCUCUGAAGAGCAGCCAGUGCCCCUUAACUGUUGAGCCAUCUGCCAUCUCUGUGCCCCCUUAUGUAAGUGUCUUACGAAUGAGAACAGGUUCUUUGUGCUACAUGUAUAUCUCUCUCCCCCUUGUAAACAUACUUGGGGUGUUUCAGGACUUUGUGACCUUCGAGGAUGUGAUUGUGAAUUUCACCCAGGAUGAGUGGGCUCUGCUGGAUUCUUCCCAGAAGAACCUUUACAGAGAGGUUGUCGGGGAAAUCUUUAUGAACUUGGCUUCGAUGGGAGAAAGAUGGGACCAGAAUAUUGAAGACUGGUACAGAAAUCAGGGGAGAAUCUUAAGCAACCAUAUUAUAGAGAGAUUUGGUAACAGCAAACAAGGUAGCCAUUGUGGAGAAACUUUCAGUCAAACUCUUGACCAUGAUCUGAAAAAGAAAAGUUCUGCUGGAGAGAAACUCUGUGAAUGCGGUAUGUGUGGAAUAGUCUUCACACCUCACUCACUCAGGAGUACCAUCCAUGCUCAUACUGGACAGGAAGCGCCUGAUUACAAACGUGAGCGGUGCAAGACAGCCUUCAGCAAUUACUCUUUCCAAAUCAACGACCGGUCUCACGCUGAAGACAAAGCUUAUGAAUGUCAGGAACAUGAGGAAGCCUUGCUUUCUUUUUCCAGCCUUGGUGAAUUCAUUAUAACCCAUGCUGAAGGUGGGCCCCAUAAAUGUAAGGUGUGUGGAAAAGGUUUGCACUAUCCCAGCUCACUUAGAAUCCACGAACGAAUUCACACAGGAGAGAAGCCUUAUCAGUGCGAACAGUGUGGAAAAGCCUUCAGUUGCUGGGGCUCAGUUAGAAGACAUCAGAGGACUCAUACUGGCGAGAAACCCUACACUUGUAAGGAGUGUGGGAAACCCUUCAGCUCUCUUUCAGGCCUUAAAGGACAUAUGCUAAGGCAUACUGGAGGUAGCCCCUAUCAAUGUAAGGAGUGUGGAAAAGUCUUCAAUUCGCCUAGUUCACUUGGUAAACACGAAAGAACUCACACGGGAGAGAGACCUUUUCUGUGUAAAUACUGUGGGAAGGCCUUCAUUUGUUCAACUUCAGUUAGAAAACAUGAAAGAACUCACACUGGUGAAAAACCCUAUGAAUGUAAGCGGUGCGGGAAGACCUUCAUUUCUAACUCAGGCCUUCAAGGGCACAUGAUCAGGCACACUGGCAUUGGGCCUUACAAAUGUAAAUUCUGUGGGAAGGCCUUUGGCUCUCCCAGUGCGGUUCUAAGGCAUGAAAAUGCACAUGUUGUAUAGGAUUCUUGUGACUAGAACUGGGACAACCUUCACUUUUGGUCAUUUGAGGACACAUCAAGUAUCUGAGGAAAUCUUUUACCAUCCUAGUUCAGGUAGAGAAAAGAAUUACUGGAGGGAGACCCUGUUUGGAGACUGGGAAAGCCAUAAACUCAGAUUUUAUCUAGAAUGCAUGAAGAGACUGAAGGAAAAAGCUUAUAGAAACCGUGUGUGUGUGUGUGUGUGUGUGUGUGUGUGUGUGUGUGUGUGUGUAACAGCAUAUUUUGUUGGGUUAGGCAAGAAGAUACAUUGAAGAUGGGUUCUUAAGUUAGGCAUGACGGCACAGGCCUCUUUUAUUCCCAGUACUGGGAGGUGGAAGCAGGAGGAUCAGGAGCUCAUGGUCAUCCUCCUAUGUAGCAAAUCUGAGAUCAGUGUGGGUUACAUGACACACAGAUGAAUCUCUGUGAGUUCAAGGCCAGCCUGGCCUAUAUAGUGAGUUCCGGGACAGCCAGGUCUAUAUAGUGAAAUUCUGUCUCAAAUAAAGGGGUUGGGAGAUGCUCAGUAGUUAAGAAUGUUUGCUGUCCUUCCAGAGAGCCUAAGUUCUGUGGUCAGCACCCAUAUUGGAAAUCUUACAGCUGUGUGUGUAAGUUCAGCUACAGGGGAUUUGAAGCUCUCCUCUGGCCUCUGCAUGCUCUGCACUCAAUAUACAUACACAUCAUUUAAAAAAGAUGGAUGAUUUCUCAAGUUAGCACCCAGGGGACAGAUUACAGUCUAUGGAGAAGUCUUUGGGGUGGCAUGUAAAGGCCUGUGGGAAUGAACCUUUUGUUUUAAUUUUAUUGUGGGGGCAUGAGUGGAGGCCAGAAGAUAACUCCGUGGCAUUAGUCCUUUCCUUCCACCUUUACACAGUUCCGGGGGGGAUCUCAGAUUAUCAAGAUUAGCAGCAGGCAGAGCCUUCACCUGCCGAGCCAUCUUGUUAGCCUAGCCGUCUCUCUCUCUUUGGGAUUACAUCUUGCCAUUAGGAUGUCCUGGAACUCAACAAUCCUCCUAUCUCAGCCUUGAAGUGUUUUGGGAGUAACAUUUGGAAACAAAUUUUCAUUUAUUAAAGUGUGGGCAUGUGCAGCAUUAGGCAGGCAGAGGCAGGCGGAUCUCUGUGAGUUCGAGGCCAGGCUGGACCGAUAGCCUCCGAAACAGAGAAACCCUGUCUCGUAAAAACCAAAAAAAAAAAAAAAAAAAGUGUGGGCAUGUGGGGGAGAAGCAUGUGCUUGUGGAGAUCACAGAUCAACUUUUUUUUUUGGGUUUUUUUUUUUGGUUGUUACGAGGCAGGGUUUCUCUGUAUUGUUUUGGAGGCUAUCGGUCCAGCACAGAUCAACUUUAUGGAGUCCAUUCUCCCCUUUCUUUACACGGGUUUUGGGGAUCAAACUCAGGUUAGCACACUUGCCCAGCAAGUGCCUUUAUCUGUGGAGCUGUCUUGUCAGCCCUAAUUGGUUGCAUUUUUGGUAUUUCCAGACAGGGUUUCUCUGUGUAACAGUCCUGGCUGUCAUAGAACUUGUUUUGUAGACCAGGCUAGCCUCAAACUCACUGAGAUCUGCCUGCCUCUGCCUCCCUGGUGCUGGGAUUAAAAGCGUUUGCCACCACUACCUGGUUAAUUGGUUGUUUUUUAGCGCAUGCGAGUGUGUGUGUGUAUUUGUGCCAGUGCGAGUGUGGAGAUCAAAGAAAAACCUCCAGGUGUUGGCCUGUCCCAAACUGAGUCAGGAUCUCUUGUUUGCAUUUACUAUUCUAGCUGGCCCAGGAGCAAUUAAAUCACUUGUAAUUUAAAAAAAGCAGCGUGAGAGAAAAAAGACACCAUACAUAGAACUCACGUGGAGGGUUUUUUUUUUAAGUUAGGUGAAAGGGAAUGAGAAAAGGGAGUUAGGGAGAGGGAAAACUGGUCUCUGGGGACAGGAGCAGUAGAAGAGAAGGGGGGGGGCACAAUGACAGAGACAGGCAGAGAAGCAGAGAGAGGGGAGUGAGAAAGAGUGUGUGUGUGUGUGUGUGUGUGUGUGUGUGUGUGUGUAAGACAGAGAACAGCACACAGGGAAAGAGAGACGGGAAGUGGCAAGGCCCACCUUUUAAAAGGGAACACAGUGAAUGUGCACAGGAGGUGCUCUCAGUGGCUGCAGCUGAGGGCGUAUCCUGUCAGAACCCCAAGGACAGUCAGUACAGAUGCUUGAAUACUAACAUCACUACUGUGGUGGUUUGAAUGAGAAUGACCCCACAGACUCAUAUAUUCGAAUAUUUGGUCUCUAACUGGUGGAACUGUUUGGGGAGGAUUAGGAGGUGUGACCUUGUUGGGGGAGGUGUGUCACUAGGGAUGGGCUUUGAGGGAAAGACUCAAUCUAUUCUGACUCUCUCUGCUUCCAACCUUCAAAUCAGGAUGGACUUGCCGGUAUGCUUUUGCUCCACCCCCAUAGAUUCAUCACCCUCCGAAGCUGCAAACCCCAGAUUAAAUGCUUUUCUUUUAUAAAUUGUCUUGGUCACGGUGCUUUAUCACUGUAAAUGGAAAGUAACUAAGAAAACAGAAAAUGAAAAAGUAAAUGACUUAACUGA